GUUUUCCUUUGCUGAACGAUCCCGAUUUUUAAUUCACUAGAUAGAAGUUAGGAACGAAAUUCCGGCUUACUGUGCUAAGUUUACCGCGACAGUUCCACCAGCUAAGUGUCCGCCGCAGUUCAAUCCGGUGUUCGGUACCCAACGGAACCGGAAGUUUUCCAGCCCGGAGCCGGAAUUUCGCUUCAUUUGAUCAUUUUUUGUUGGAAAAUUAUACUUGAGGAUCAUCUGGGAAGGUUUGCUUCCUACAACAGCUUACGCGCUACAGCAACAACAGCACAACCAGAGGGGGACAACAGCAGCGAUAAGCGAAAAUGCUACGAGCACCGUUGACCAGGGUACUUGUGCUUGGUGCUCGCUGCCCUGGGGCAGCCGCAGCAGCAAGCAACGCCGGGCAGCAGAUCACCCGUGGGGCUGCCACCACUCCGGCCAAGGCACCGGAAAAGAUUGAAGUGUUUGUCGACGACCAACCAGUGAUGGUGGAUCCGGGAACCACUGUGCUGCAGGCAGCGGCCAUGGUCGGUGUGGAAAUCCCGCGUUUCUGCUAUCACGAGCGACUGGCCGUAGCCGGCAACUGUCGGAUGUGUCUGGUUGAGGUGGAGAAGUCCCCAAAACCGGUAGCAGCCUGUGCCAUGCCGGUCAUGAAGGGUUGGCGUAUCAAAACGGAUUCGGAGAUGACCCGGAAGGCGCGCGAAGGUGUCAUGGAAUUUUUGCUGAUGAACCACCCGCUCGACUGUCCCAUUUGCGAUCAGGGUGGCGAGUGUGACCUGCAGGAUCAGGCCAUGGCGUUCGGCUCAGACCGGUCUCGGUUUACCGAUAUCGAUCACAGUGGAAAGCGAGCCGUGGAGGAUAAGGAUAUCGGACCGCUAAUCAAGACCAUCAUGACCCGUUGUAUCCAUUGUACGCGAUGUAUUCGCUUUGCUUCGGAGAUUGCCGGAGUUGAUGAUCUGGGAACGACCGGACGAGGUAAUGAUAUGCAGAUUGGAACCUAUGUUGAGAAGCUGUUCUUGUCGGAGCUGUCUGGCAAUGUGAUUGACUUGUGUCCGGUAGGUGCUUUGACCAACAAACCGUACAGCUUCGUUGCUCGUCCGUGGGAAAUCCGUAAGAUUGAGUCGAUUGAUGUAUUGGAUGCUGUGGGUAGCAAUAUCAUUGUUAGUACCCGUACUGGUGAGGUGCUUCGUAUUUUACCCCGUGAAAACGAGGAGAUCAACGAAGAGUGGCUGUCUGAUAAGUCCCGGUUUGCUUGUGAUGGAUUGAAGCGUCAGCGUUUGAUCGCUCCCAUGCUGCGUAAUCCCAGCGGCGAGCUCGAGGCUGUAGAAUGGGAGUCGGCUUUGAUCACCGUUGCUCAGGCUUUGCGAGGUGCACCUAAAGGUAAGGUGGCUGCCAUUGCUGGUGGUCUGGCCGAUGCCGAAGCUCUGGUGGCGUUGAAGGACCUCUUGAACCGCCUGGGAUCGGAAACUUUGUGUACCGAACAGAAGUUCCCUACCGAUGGUACCGGAACUGAUUUCCGUUCGAGCUAUGUGUUGAACUCUUCGAUUGCUGCAUGCGAAGAGGCCGAUCUGGUGCUGCUGGUUGGAACGAAUCCGCGCUACGAGGCGCCACUUUUGAACACGCGCUUGCGUAAGGGCUAUAUUCACAAUGAACAAAACAUUGCUGUACUGGGCCCGAAGGUGAAUCUGUCCUACGAUUAUGAGCAUCUAGGAAACGACGCGACUUUGGUGCGUGAUAUUGCCUCCGGUAAUCAACCAUUCGCCAAGAAAUUGAAGGAAGCUAAAAAACCUUUGAUCAUCGUUGGUGCUGAUCAGUUGGCCCGCAAAGACGGAACGGCCUUCAUCACAGCGCUGCACGUUUUCGCCAACUCGCUGAAACCGGCGGAUGCCAACUGGAAGGUCUGGAAUGUGCUGCAAACAAACGCCGCCCAAACGGCCGCUCUCGACGUUGGAUACACUCCGGGUGCCGAGGCUGCUCUAGCUUCUAGCCCCAAGGUUCUGUUCUUGCUUGGAGCCGACGCUGGUGUUAUUAAAAAAGAGCAGUUGCCCAAGGAUUGCUUCGUAAUCUACCAGGGUCAUCACGGCGAUGCUGGUGCUCAGUUGGCCCACGCAAUUCUUCCGGGAGCGGCUUACACCGAGAAGCAGGGAACCUACGUCAAUACCGAAGGUCGUGCCCAGCAAACCUUGGUCGCAGUGACGCCACCCGGUUUAGCUCGCGAAGACUGGAAGAUUCUCCGGGCUUUGUCGGAGAUUUCCGGUGCCCCGCUUCCCUACGACAAUCUGGACGAGCUUCGAUCCCGAAUGGAGGACAUUGCCCCACAUCUGGUGCGCUACGGACGGCUGGAGAAGAACAACUUCUUCCGAACGGUCGACGAGAUGCUGAAGAACGCCUCGGUUAGCUUCGAGGGGGCCAAGAUCGAUGUUCACCAGAAGAAGCUGGAGGACUUCUUCAUGACCGAUCCGAUCACCCGGGCAUCGCCCACGAUGGCUAAGUGCGUGACGGCGGCCAAGAAGCAAAAGGCCGCUGCCGCCAAUUAGAAUGAUGUUUUUAGAAGUUCCCAAUUUAUUACUUGUUUACGAUACAACAACAAAAACUGAAAUAUGUAUUCAAAUAAUUGCACCUUAACUUGCAGAAAUUUAAUCACACCACUCUAGUUUUUCCAUAAAUAGCGAUCUUGUACGAGUGUAAAACAACCGAGAAAGUGGAAUGAUUGGAUAGGCAAAUAAAGCGGAAAGGUGUAAGCUAAAAAAAAAGUUUGGUU